CACGCGAGCGGCUGUGAGGGUCGUGUGCGUGGAUUUCUCCUCGGCGGAUAUCGACGCCUGGUACUUUAUUUAACGAAACUUUUUGACAGCUGUCAAAGUUGAUGCGGAUUGUUUUCAAUAAAAUAAAGGUAUAUACUGUAUAUCAUUAUGUAUAGCUAGCUCAUAACGGCAAGCAAGACUAAAAGACGUUCUUGUUUCAACUUUCCUCCCGUCGGCACUGGAAAAAGUUUUCACAAAGUCCUUUCUGUCGACGAUAACUUGGCAGUCAAAAGUUCCCAUUCUCUAAACUUUUACGCACGCGACUCUCCUAACUUUAGGAAUCCUGAACUUUUCUUGAAAACAAUCCUAUAGUAGCAAUGUCUUGACUCUUGAAAACAUUCUUUGCGGUAGAUAAAACAAGUGACAAGUACCCAUUCGGAAAAAUAUACAAGCUUUUAUUGUAUAGCUGAACUUGUGAUUUUUAAUUAAAGUUAUGGAAUUACAAAUUUAACGCUAGUGUGGUGACUGUUGAGUUCCAAAAUGGCGGCAGCCAUGAUAAAGGACCGGGGAUUACGAAAGAAAUUAACCCAGGAAGCUAUACCGGAGAAAACACCAAAAAAACCUUCGAAGCGUAAAUCCACUCCGAGCAGUUCCAAAAACGACAAGAAGAACGAACAAAACAAUAAUAAAAAACCAAAAAUACAGACUGGCGACCCGAAAGUGGACUUGUUUUCAACGUAUCAGCCGUGGGUGAUCCAGACGUAUGGAGAUUUGGCCAAAACGAAGACGAUAACUUUGAAAAAGUAUGCUAGGAUUCUUCGAACCCUGCGCGGCGAGGAAUGCAACAGUUCUGACAGUUCUAAAUUUCGCUUUUGGGUGAAGGCGAAGGGCUUUCAUGUGGGUAGACCGACGGGAUAUGAGGCAAAGCCUGCCGACGGGAUAGUUUGCCGAUAUAGCGUCUCUGAUGCAGAAGGAUGCGCGAGGGGUCCAGACGGACAGGAAAUCUACACAGGAUCACAGAAUGAUCCACCGCUAUAUAUCCCGACUCCUCCUUUAAAGAAUGCGGCAAACCAGGAACCUGUGUACAGGAAAGUGGCGAUUGUUGAAAAUUUCUUUGACAUUAUUUACACUGUCCACGUCGAACUUGAAGGAAGACCUGGCAAGCAUGCAGGACAGAAACGAACUUAUAGAACAAUUACAGAAACCUACGCGUUCCUCCCUCGGGAAGCAGUCACGCGUUUCCUGACCGGUUGUGCGGAGUGCGCGCGGCGCCCGCGCAGUGCCUCGCCUCCCCCCCUGCCCACGCCCUCCCCCUCGCCCACCAGGCACCCCUAUCUCCCGUUCAUACCCCACUGCGCUCCCGACUAUAGAAACUGGGAAUCUGAAAUCGACGCUGCACAAAACUACUCCUUCGAACCCAAAUUCGACUAUACGGACCUACAGCCGCUCAAAAAAAUUGAAAGUCCAAAGCAUGUAGAAGAAGAAGAGCCCACGUACAUAGAGCUCACGUCCAAGAGCUUCGAUGCGACCACACUUUACGACAGAAGCUCAUUAGAACCUUUUAGAGAAGAGGAGCCGGUCAGGACUGAUCCCGAAAUAGAUAAAGACGAUAGUGUCAUUGAUGUAGAAGAUGUCCAAUCGAGCCCGCCUUCUGUGACUCAGAAGAAAGAAGAAGAGAACCCAGAAGAAAGCCCUAAAGGAAGCACCAAGACAACCGAAGACGAUGAAGUUGAAAAGACUGAGAACAAACGAGACAAGAAAUACAAUCCGCUUGACGUUGCGAAUUUGACCUCUAAAGAUCCUCCGAAAUCAAGGUCCCCACCACGGAAAAAGCUUUUACCUGCUAGUUUGGACUUUCCCCAUUCCUAUGGAAGGCUACCGAAGCCUUGGCGACCUGAUGGAGGUGUUUUCUAUGGUGACGAUAUAGACUUCAGUGUGCCAAUUACGACUGCGUAUUUAAAGCAUAUGCGGAGCAUGGGGUAUCAAGAUCGAGUGGAUUUGGAAAAUAAGGAUAAUUUAACACCAGAACCGGCGGACAUGAAUGAUGAUGACAAUUUUUCCAGUCAUGGCUACGCGAAAGAUGCAGAGAAGUUGAAAAUGAUGUUGCUGGCAUGGAAUUAUCACAGCCAGACACAAGGCCGCAACGGUGACAUAACAGAGAGUGGAGCUGACAGCAUGGCAGACCUCUGGGCCUCUUACCAUAGCGCGCUAGGUCUUGGAAGCAAACCUCCAAAGCCACCCACCCCAUUGGCUACCGGACACUCGAGUCCAAUCCACGUUGGAUCAGCGACACCAGUUGAACCGGCAUCGACUCACGACGAAACUUCUUCGUCGGAUCGGACGAAAGACGAUGACGACGGUGGCGCGUCCGACGACGAUAGUGACGACCGAGUCGAUCCGCAACAUCAUGAUCCCGAACGGCUGAAAGCUUUCAACAUGUUCGUACGUCUCUUCGUCGACGAGAACCUAGACAGGAUAGUUCCUAUUUCAAAACAACCGAAAGAGAAGAUCCAGGCCAUAAUCGACUCUUGCACCCGACAGUUCCCGGAGUUUGCUGAACGUGCCCGGAAGAGGAUCAGGACCUACCUGAAGAGCUGUAGGCGGAAUAAGAAAGUUCGUGGAGAAGGCCCGACAAGUGGCAACGGAGGAAAUACGCCGUCGGGCAAUGCCUGGGAUACUGCGGUACGCCCGACGCCCGCGCACCUCACCUCAGUCCAAGCGGAGCAUAUCCUGGCGCAGGCGUGCGAGAACGAGAGCCUCAACGCGAAGCGCAUGCGCCUUGGACUUGACCCUGUAAGCCAGCCCAUGCCCACUGUGCCCACGCCCAUGGCCAUCGACACGACCGCCACAUCAGCAGUCGCCUCUUCAUUCCUAAGCCUGUACAGCGGCGCUAUGAGUAGUGCGUGUACCUCAGUGAGCAGCACAGCAAGCACGAGCCUCGCGUCAGCAGCACACAGCAAAGCGGCGGCGGACACCACGCGCCCUGCGAGCAGCCCCGCACUCGACAAUCCCCUGCUCAACAACAAUAGCUUGAAGCUUGAUAACGCCAAUGGAAAUACUGGGAGCAAGACUGCGAGUCCAGCGUCGUCACCUGCACCUUUGUUCAGACCAUCAUUCCCCAACACAUUUGGAAAUCCGCCAACAUUCGGAAGACAAAGCUCAAACACAAAUCCGACGUCAGCUUUAUCAAGCACUGCACUUUUGUCAACUUUGACCGCCAUUCCUCCUACAGGUGUUGGAGUGAACGCAGCGAUGGCUGCAUACCAAAGCGCGUUAUUAUCUGCCAUGGCUGCGCAUACACACACGUUCCCAAAUCUGACAGCCCCUACAGAUCUAUCGCUCAAAACGUCAGUAUCCACACCACUACACGCGACAUCUACGUCAUCGUCUCUAGCAGGCUCAGGGAGCCAGAAGUCGCUUCUCUCACACAAAUUGUCUGGAGCAGAAGUAGGCGCGGUACGGCAGCUCAUCACAGGAUACCGUGAAUCGGCCGCCUUCCUCCUUCGAUCCGCUGACGAAUUAGAGGCGUUACUGCUGAACCAACCCUAGGACACACCCAAACCCUUUCCAGAUCUAUUCGGAUUCAAGUUCGGGUACUUCUGAAUGGACAAUUGCGUGCAAUUUUAGAAAUUUCUGGCAAAAAUGUUUGUUUCAAACGUCGUCGUAUUUGGCGAUCUUGGUUUUGGCCACUAGUUGGUGACCGAAGUUGAAAAUGUUUAUAACAGUUGAUUUUGUGGUUUCUUUAUAAUGUUAUAAGUAAAUUCCGCUGAUAUACGAUCAGUAUUGAAUGAUUGUUGUAAACCAUCAAAUACAAAUUAAAGUUAGGUGCUUAUUAUAUCUAUUUUAUAAACAGAAUGGGGAAUAUUGACUCGUCAGUAUACGGAACUAGAUGAAAGAUUUGAAUAAAGGGACCUCAAUGAUUCAAUAUUAGAUCGUGUGUUAACUGUAGAGAUAGACUUGUGGGAAGCGGGCGGAAAUUGUGGAGCCCCAAAGAGCAAAAUCUUAAGAAAGCAAAAGACAAAUUCGAUUGUACUCCAAAACAAUAAUAUAUGAAUCUAAAAGUAGUCCUGCGCAAAAGUCGAAACUAUCCUUUUCCAUAGGACAUUGUGAAAAUAAUAGCACUACUUUUACUCCGGUCAAUUUAGAGGUUUGUUGGAAUUGUUUAUUAACUAAGUAUUUAAUUUUAUUUAUCGAAUUAAAACCCCGUUGUAACCUACCCGUUAAACUUUUAACGAGCUCUUUAUUGUCAAAGUCUUGCUUCUGGGGUACUUAUGACCUCUUUUUAUUUAAUUAUAAUAUAUUAUAAUAUUAGAAAGGUGAAAUUCAAAUAUCGCUCAGUAACAAACAACUUUGAAGUUUGUAUUGGCGCAUAGUUUUUUAGAAAGGGAUAUGGAAGUACUUAAAAAACACAUGUAAUAAGAUACAAAAAUUGUACAUUCUGACCCAAUAACCCAGUUCAGUUAAAAGUUUUAAUGCAUUUAAUGUUUAACUUUCAUUGUUUUGACUGUUAAAAAAAUGAAAGUUAAACAUUAAUUGCAUUUGCUGCAAACGACUGCUAGCAAUCAUCGUUCAUCAUUAACAUCUCAACCUGUUGCAAGAACGGGUCGCCUUUCAGGAUGAGGCAAUAAAAUGAGUUCCUGCUAGUAAUAUGGCAUAGCAAUGCUGCUAUUUAAUGCAGACUAAUUUAGGCCUAGUGGAUUUUGAGGUAAGGUCCUGGGUAACAAUUUCAAUAAAAAUAUCCAUUUCUUUUACAUAAGUACAUUUUUGGCAGAUUACUUGUAAAAUUACCUUAGUCAUCUUAUGAAUCUCUCAUAUUUUGUUGUCAUUGUUUAAAAUGAGCAGGUAAAUGGCCUAAUAACAGGAAAUCAAUACUUCAUUAAUAUUUCAUUAGCCUUUUCAGUUAAAUUAUUAUGAAGUAGCCAGUACACAAAAAUGACGUUUUGUCAUAAAAUAUACUCGUAUUAUAUAUUGUUACUUAAUAUUUAUUUUCUCACGGUCGAAAGAUUUAAUUUUUUCAAUUCUAUCUAUAAUAAUUAUUAUUAAUCGGUCGAUAGGUUCUCGAAAGCUGUAUGGACUUUUUUUGAUAAUUAAUAAUAACGACUCGCUAAGUAACUUAUCGACAGAUUACGAAUAGAUUGAUAAUAAUUAAUUUUGGCCGUAGGAAGCGUCAAAUAAUUUCAACAAAGUAAAAUUAGCUGACGAAAAUUAAGCUGUUGGUAUUUGAGCUUGAGGUAAGUGAUAAAAAUUUGUGGUUGAUUAAUUUGGAAAUAAGUAAGCUGUAUAAAACAACUUGCUGAAGUCAAACUAACCCUUAACUUCUUUCCAUAAUAAAAUCUUAUAAACCAUUGAAACCUCGUCCCAUUCGCGACCUGACUCAGGUCCAAAAACAUAAAUUAAUACUAUGGAAUUUUAAUCUAUUGUCCAAAAACAAUUGAGUGGUUAGCGAUAAGAUGAUAAGAUCUUGUUAAUUAUAGCUAAAUAAAUAUAAGAAAGUCAUUCUUCGUCAUUCAUUAAGAAUUUCCAUAAAAUAAGAUUUACGAGUUUUGACAAAAAUAUGUAUUCGGCGUUCGUACAAAGCUGCCAUAUUGUAAAAAGUGUUGCCAUUCUAAACUCGUCGAAGAGUACAAAAUUAUUUUGUGUAUAAUUAGAUGUAAGAAAAAAAUCAGGGAGUUUUUAGUGUAAGGUCAAAAAUUUCUUGCCUGGUGCGAUAGAUUAGUAAUUAAAAUUUAGCGGCAGCUGAUUACUAUAUUAUUUAAAUUAUAAUUUUGGUGAUCGAAAUACAUUAUUAAAUUGUCUUUGUAAGUUUUAGCAUAACAGAGUCUAAAAUUAGAUUUUAAAAUGGCAUUCUAGAUUUAAGAAGCACGAAUUUAUUUGUUGUUUUGUAUCAUACUAAUAGUUCUGUAGUUGUAUUUACAAACGAUUAAUAUAUUUCUAUUAUAUCAAUAUUAAUUCAAAAUAAUAUCUACUAUACGGUAUCGUGAUUGGCUCCAUCCAAAUUUAUUACUUUGUUUGCCUUUUCUUUAUAAUUAUUGUUGCAACACUGAUAUUUUUUUUUAAGUUUUUUUGUAUAUAUUUUGAUAUAGUGAAACGAUAUUUUUUUGUUUAUGAUAAUAAUUAAUAAUAAUUUAAGUGGCAGUGUUGCUAGUUAUAAUAUUUAGAAAUACCUACGUCAAUAUUUUCGCUUUGCUCAGUACAAUUAACAUCUGAUCUUUAUGUAUAAUACUUGUUACCAUAGAUUUUAUGGCCAGGUACUCUAGUUAGGGUUAGUGUUAGGGAAUGCUUACAGUGUACAAAUUAGGGUUCAACGUUUUGGAAACAAACUACAUAUUAAAGAUCCUUCUUGGUAAAAAGUUUCUAUUUUGGGCCUAAUUCUUUUUUGUAAAUUUUGAGAUACCUCGUAAUGUUAUUUACAUAUAUUCCGUUGUUAGUUAAGAUAACUGUCUUUUUAUAAUAUUAUUUUACUGUAGGUACAAGUAUAAUUUUCGGCCAGUGUAGUUACUUUUCUUCAUGCAAUAGUGUAAUAGACAAUAGUUUUCGUUAAUAAAUAAGUUAACACAUACAUAAAAUAGAUGAUAAUUCAAAUAAACGCUUAUUUCUUUGCUCACUCAGCUACUGCAAAUUUUUGACUAAUAUCUAGUACAUCCUAGUUUUCGUUUUUGGGGGUGUAGUUUUCGCUAGUUCGCUAGAUAUUUACAAUGGAAAAACAUUAUUUGAAAAAAUCUAUGAAAACUACCAAUGCCGACAGAAAAUGUUUAAAAAGUCGAGUACCUAAUAAUUAUUAUUUUAUUUAUCUAAGAAAUCGUUACUUAGGACAUAAUGAACUAUAAAUUCAUUUUCAGGUACCUUUGAAUAAACAGUAGGUUUAUUUUUGGAAAAUGUCCUAAAAAUGCAUUAUGUUUCAUAUUAGUCAAAAAUUGUGCGGUUCUACACAGAAUGUACAAUAGUUUUUCCACUUUGCCAAUUUUUCUCAAUAGUAUAAAAGCUUGUGCCAGUUUAAAAAAAAAUUGUAAAUCCACUUUUGAAUAUGAAAAAUUUGCCAAAGAUCCGAAUUGAUUAUUCUAAUUGUUUAUAAUUAUGUAUUUCUAUAUUCGAUGAGUUCUUGUAAGUUUUGUUUAUAAGUUAGAGGCGCGCGUAACUGAUUGACAAUGGAUUGCAAGAUUGCACUUUUACGGCCAAAAUUAAUAAUAACAAUCUACCUAUCUGUAAUCCGCCGAUAAAAUACUUAGCAACAUUAUUAUUAAUUUGUCAAAAAAGAGCAUCUGGGGCACGGACUACCAUGCCCCAAAUGCUGAUCAAAAAUUACCUGAAAAUUAUAUGCCAUAUAAUUUUCAGAUAAUUUUUGACAAAUAACAACGUUGCUAACUAACUUAUCAACAGAUUGCAGAUAUCAUUAAUUUCGUCCAGUAAAGGUAAGUCUAUGCAGUGUUCUAAACAUUUGCUACGCAAGUGUAUUUCUUAUAAAAAUCGCUUUGGAAUGAAAUUGUGAUUAGAUUAUGCGCGCUAAACCAGAUAGAUCAUAGGAUUUUUGCGUUAGUUUUCAAGUCAUUCCAAUAUUUUUCUAAAACUUGUGUAAUUCGGUGCAUUAGAAAGAAGAAAGUAGUCCUUGUACUUAAAUGGAGAUUUGUAAAAAGUAUGUUUAGGGUAUUAUAAAAAAAGUUGAUUAGAAAUAUGAGAAAGUUGAUGUUGGGAUAACGAAAAAUAACGGAAAUCGUGGUAAAAAGUUGAGAUGAAUUUGUUAGACAUUAAAAUAAUUAUAUAUUAUUAUUAUUAGAGAUGUAUAAAUGGUUUACGAUUAUUAUUAAUUUUGAGAGUAAUACAGAAAUGAAGUAAACAAAAUGGCGAUUGUUACUAUAAACGAUAUGAGAAUUUAGUUAUAAUUUUGCAAUUUCAAAAUGUGAGUUUUACAAUUUUGAAAAAGAAAAUAUUAAAUAUGCUCAUAUACAAUUA